AUGCUGAAGAAGUUGAACUCCUUGUUUCGUCCACACAGUGAGAGAGAACUGAGCGAAUCUGGUGGAGAAGAACGAUGGAAAAGGAAAGAGUCUGGUGUAAGGCUAGUGCGCAGCACCUCUCUCUAUCUGAUUGGGGAAAACGACCACAAAUCUAGUAGCUCCCUGAAAAGGAGCAAGAGCUCAGUAAGCAUUGAAACCGCUGUCUACAACUUUAAGGAAGAGGACCGAGCCUGGAUGCUUUCCAGGACACAAGACUGUCUGCAAUAUCUUCAGGAACUGAUCGUUCUGCGCCAACAAUACAGGUACAUCAAUAAUCUAAACCACCUGAAACCUUCAGCUAAUAAAUCACAACCGCCCCCCGUUCCCGCAAAGUCUUCUAAACCAGGGAAGAAACAAGUAUCUCCCAAGGACUCCUCAAAAAAAACUAAAGAGAAAUCUAGUUCCGUGCCAUUAUCUAAGGAAGCGGAGACGUUGGAAUAUUUGGAUUCAGUCAUUGCAGAUUUUGAUCAAGAUAAUAAAUGCAAAGUGCCCAUUACAGAAUACAUGAAUGUUGAUGUAGAUUUUGAUGUUGCUGUCAGUACCAGUGAACACAGUUUGCAUUCCAACUGGCAACUUAAAUCACCAAGAAGAUAUUCCAUGGAUGUGGCGCAUUCAGAAAAGAUCGAGAAGUCUCGUCGAAACAGCGAUGGUGUAAGAAUGAGUUUUAAGAGAUUAGAGCGACACCCCAUUUACCUGCCCAAAGUGGUUGAAAGUCCAUUUCACACACUAAGGUUCAAGCCAAUACGCAAAGAUGAUCUGGUUUAG